AUGGGUUUUCCCGGCCCGUCACGAUCUGUCUUAGUCUCAGAAAUCAGAAAUACUAUCAACUAUCAGAAAUCCUAUUUGAAACAUUUACCAUCCAACGAUAUAGAAGCACAACUAAACUUUGGCUGUAUAUUAAAACAAUUUACUAUCACUAAAAUCAAAGAUUAUUAUGAAACAUUUAAAACAAUUGACACUCGAAACAAAACAUUCAUAACACGUCAAGCAUUCAACUUAUUAUCAGCGCCACCGUACUCAACUCAUGUUUCGAAAAUCGAAGAAAGUUUGUUAAAAAUACCAAGUUCAACAAAGAACUGUAAAUUGUCAAUCGAAAAAGAAAAUCAAGUUCUUGAUCUGAGCAAAAACAUUCAUAAGAAAAUAAAUGAGCAAGAUUCAUAUGAGUAUGAAUGCACCGAAGAAGAAGCUGUAAAUAAUACAGAUGAAGAAGAAGAAAUUGUAGAAGUAUAUGCAACGCAUGAAGCAACCCGUAAAAGAAAACAAACUGCAACAGCUCGACAAGAAAAAUGUACAAUUAAGAACUUUAAAGUAGCAAGUGCUUAA